GACUGUAUUGACUCCAGAGUUGGCGCGAUUCCUGGGUUUGUCAGAAUCGGAUUCCUGAAUUACGAUUCCCAUACAUGGGAGAAUCGCGAUUCUCCAGUCUCGAUUCUUUCACAAAGCGAAUCCGGUUCUGAAUCCGAUUCUUUAGCGGUUCUCGAUUCCCUCCGAUUCCGAUUCCCAAAUGCUAAUUUUUUUCAACUUCAGGACUGACAAAUGAAUUUGAUAUAGAAUCAGCAAUUUCCCCAACUAGGGAUAUGAUCACUUUGCAUGUUCUAUUGUUUCGUUUGUGGCUGUGAGUAGGGAAUCGCAGAGAAUCACUAAGGCGCGAUUCUCUAUUAAAGAGGAUCCGAUUCUUACAUUGCGCGAUUCUUUCACUGCAUAGAAUCACUGAUUCACAAUAUUUUCACACAACAGCUAACCUUUAAAUAAAUGUCAUCAGUCCCAAACUACAAAAUGCAAAUGUAUCACUAAAAGCCAUUGAAAACAGUGCAUUUUACUAUUUUAACACGUGAAUAACACCUGCAAGGAAUCGCAGGGAAUCGAGAAGGUGCGAUUCUCUGUAAAAGAGAAUCGGAUUCCUGCAUUUCCCGAUUCGUUUGACUUGGAGAACCGCGAUUCGAAUCCGAUUCGAAUCGUGAGAAUCGGAUUCUUUCUCGAUUCUUUCACACGAUUCGAAUCGCGCCAACUCUGAUUGACUCAAACUCAACACCGCGAUAUGCUUGGAUUUGCAGAAGAAUGGAUAGGAACUGGAAUAUUAAAUGCUAAUUAUGCUGAAUGGAAAAUAUCGAGGAGAGUUUUAGCACCUGCUUUCAGUACAGAAAUGCUUUCAAAAUACGUAAAUAUCUUCAAAAAAAAUUCAUCAGCUUUAGUAGACAGAUUUGAAACAGCGGCAGAUUCCGGUGAAAUUAUAAAUAUUUGGGAAGACGUGAUAAAGGCAAACGUUGACAGUAUCGUAGAAAUCACAAUCGGCGUAGCAAUGCAAGGAACGGAGGGAAAAGGAAAAGAAUUCAGUGACGCGUUGAUAGAGGCUGCUCAAAGUGUAGCAAAACAAGUGAUAACACCCUGGUUACACCCAUGUUUCAUAUACAACACAUACCUAAAAUUAACUGGAAAAUCCAAGUUUAUUCAUCAGCUCCACGCUUUGCCUACUAAGAUAUUACAAGAUAAACUCAACGAAAUCAAAAAUGGAGAAAAUACAUCAGAAAAUGUUCAUUCAUCUAAAGCAAUAAUCGACCAACUUAUCAAAGGAAGCUUAUUAGAAUCCAACUAUACAGAAACCCGAAUGAGAGAUGAAUUAACACACAUUAUCUUAGCAGCAAUCGAAACUACAGGACUUAAUCUUUGUUUUUCAUUGCUCAUGUUGGCCAUUCAUCAGGAUAUUCAGCAAAAAGUUCACCAAGAAAUCGAAGAGUUAUUUAAAGACAACGACACUCUCACUGCAGAUCAUUUGUUCAACGGUUUGAAAUACAUGGAGCAAUGUAUCAAGGAAACAUCUAGAGUAUUUUCUCAAGUCGUAGUCACCAGCAGACGUACUCAUAAAGAAUGCACAUUAAAAGAUAACAUGGUCAUCCCAGCCAAUACGUUCGUCGUACCACUUCUAUUCUUAGCCAGUAAAGACCCUGAUUUGUAUGAAAAUCCUCGAAAAUGGGAUCCGGAUAAUUUCAGCGAACAGGCGGUGCAAAAUCGACCAAAAAUCAGCUUCAUGAGCUUUGGAUACGGUCCUCGAUCUUGCAUAGGAGUUAGAUACACUAUGCUUUCGGUUAAAACGCAAAUGGUGUACAUCUUACGAAAUUAUCAUUUGUCAACCAACAUCAAAGAAUUGACGAAAGAGCAUGUGAAAGCAGAUCUGUUUGUAAGGAGUACAAUCGGGUUUCCUAUCAAAUUUACGAAGAGAAAGAGUCUGAAUCCUGAAGAUUUCUGAAAUGUCCUGUGCUCGAUCGCUUACCAAUAAGAAGACCAUUGAAACACUACCUCUACUUCAGCAUCGUGACUGGUCAAGAGCUUGGAAAUUGCUCAACAUUGAAAAAUUCAUUCGAAAGAUAAAACCUUGUUGUAAAAUAAAAUAUCUACACUACUCUGUCCCUUUUAAUCUACACAAUUAAAUUGUAAAUUUAAAUUAAAUAUAGAUAUA